AUAACUAUCGAUCCAUUAGGUUUUACACCGUCAUUCAGUCAACAAAAAAGAAUUUCGCAACAAAGUCUUGCCGGUCGCCAAUAUCUGUUACCAAUAUUAACGUGCGUGCAGUCGUGAAUAAAACAAUUUAAAUAAAUAUCUGUCUGACAGUUAAUAGUGUUGACGAUACAGAAAAAGAGAAGUAUAAAAAAUAUGACUUCUUAUUUGAAUGAAAUGAAAGGUUACAUUGAAGCAAACCAUUUGGCAAAAUUUAAAAGUGUUUUAGACAAUCGAAAUUAUUCAAUGGUCGAUCAAAAAAGUACUAAUGAAAUACUAAGAAUUUAUGAGAUUUUGUUGACUACCCCGAAUCGUGGAGAUUUCUUGAAAUUAUGCAUUGAACAUGGCUGUGAAGCAGAAUACGUAAAUCCACACCUUAGAAAAGCUGCAAUAAACUACGUCGUCGAGUCGUUGCAUUUUAGUAAUUUGAUUGUUUUGCUGUUCUCUUUAGAGGAUGACAAAUACAAUGAUAAAAUUGAUGUUAAUUGGAAAUACCAAGAACAAACUCCACUUCACUACUUAGCCAAAAAGUUAACCAAAGAAAAUGUGGGUGAAAUUCGUGCAUGCAUGGACUUGUUACUUCGUAAGGGAGCCUCUAUAAAUAUUUCUGACAAUGAUGGAAAGGUACCGUUGGAGUAUGUGAUGACUAACAAAGAGCUUCUACCAAAUGAUAAAACUGAGCUAAUCGACAUGUUACUUCUUCGAUAUGGGCGUAGAAAUAAACUUAAAGACAAGGCGCAUAUACAAGGCCGUUUGCGAUUUUAUGACAAGUUAAAUUAUCUAAUUUACGUGCUGGUCAAUGAUGAAAGCGCUGUACAAGUUCUUUGUCAAACGCUUAAUAUAAACUCAGAUGAAGAUAACAUGAAUAUUAUCCUUAGGGCCAGAAAGAUAAAAAACGUGAAACUCUUUAAAGAGAUUAUAGAUUCGAAUAAUCUAAAUCUGAACCAGUUCACAUCCAUAGAGCUGACCAAAGCUAUUAUCCAUGAGAUGCGAUCAGAGUCAAGAGACAAAGAAGGACAUUUGAACGAUUUAGACUGUCUUAAAAUACUGUUUAAAAGCAGACACGUUGACGUUAGUGGCGCUGAUGCGAUGGGAAUACCCCUGCUCAGUUAUGCUGCUGCUGAGCGCAGAGAAAAGAUUGUGAAGGAACUAAUUAAUCAUGGAGCCUAUUUGGGCAUGAGAAGUAAUUACAGAGAGCAUCCCAUGGCGCAUAUCAGACCCAAGAUACUGGAAGAGCUCUUGGACUCCUUCAUCACAAUGGUGGAAAAAGAAGAAACCCAAGACAUAUAUAUAAACAUAAGUCUAAGAAACAUUUGCCAUCCACUCACUGAAACCCCAAAAAAAUUGGUUCACAAUGACAUGAGGGCCAUCUCGCAUAUCAAAAAUGCUAGAGAUCUGCAACAUUUACUGACUCAUCCAGUAGUGACGUCUCUUCUCACUCAUAAAUGGCAGCUGUAUUCAAAGUUCUUCUAUAUUCAUUUAGUGAUACAUUUAAUUUUUCAAGUGUUGAUAACCACACUAAUUUUUUUUAAAUUUUACACUCAAAAGACCGGGACAGAUAAAAUACAAUUUGCCUGUUUGCCAUUCAUAAUCUACCUAUCUAUUUGUGAGAUUGUGCAAUUUUUGUUAGGAUCUCUGCACUACGUUAAAUCAUUCUUUGUUAAUCUCAUAAAUCUGGUAACUAUCGGAUUAUCUUUCUUGACAUGUUUUGGAUCAGAUGAAACUCAAAAAACCAUAGCUCCAUGCACUUUACUGUUAACAUUCUUCAAGCUAUUUGUAUUGUUGAGCUCAUUGCGAAUCAACUUUAUAUCAAUGCCGCUUCUUAUGCUAUUAGAGGUUUUCAAAUCUGUGCUGAAGUCAAGCAUACUCCUUGUGGUGGUGGCCGUCUUUAGUGUAUGUUUUUAUUUGGAAUUCGGAGAAAAAACGACUUGGAAUUCAAUCAACUCUACGGAAAGCUUAACCCUGAAUUUCGACUCGAUUUUAACCUCUUUCAUUAAGUCUAUUAUAAUGGCAACUGGCGAAUAUGAUGCAAGCAAUUUGAAAUUUCAAAGUAUACUCGGCUACCUUUUAAUAUUUUUAUUUGUGAUCUUCGUGGGAAUUUCGUUAUUUAACUUAUUGAUUGGUCAAGCAGUACAAGACAUUCAGAUGAUCAAAGAUCAAGCGGAUAUUAUAAAAGCCAUUAACUGCAUCAAUUUUAUGAACACCUCUGAAGAAUUCCUUAAUCAUGUAAAAUUAUAUAGAUUAGAUUCUUGUCGAAACCGGUGAAUGAAGCAGUGGAGAAAAUUCAAAUAAACCAAUAUCGAUAUCCCUAUACGAUGACUUGCUACUCAUAUACUCCCGAUACGUCAAAAAGUAAGGAGAAGAAAAAAGGAAAUUGUUUAGUCCAAAUAAGUGAAGAUAAUGAAAUUGAAUCGAGAAUAAGUGAACCGUUGUUAAUAACGUCUGUGAGCGAAGAACAUGUAGCACCUUCUCCUUCAUUUGUCUCUAUCAAAAUAACGUUUCUUAAGGAUACAAUUAAGAAAUUUUGGCUUAAAUUGUUUUCAACUUCUACCGACGACAAAUCCAAAGAACAUAUACCACCGUCUUCUUCAUUUGUCCAUAUUACAAAAACGUAUCUUAAGAAAACAUUUGAUAAAUUUUGGUCCAAUUUGAUUUCUAUGUCUAUCGAAAACAAAACUGUCGAACGUGCUGUACAAAUUGCUGAGAAAAAUUCGAACAUAAAUUAACAUUUCUAGAAACUUUAAGACCAUUGGACCAUUAAAUGGUAACUUUUGAGGAAAAAGAUAUAGAGAUUUGCUGUACAGAGUAGAAUGUAGUGCUCCACCGAAUUCGUUUAGACUGUAGACCAACUAUACAGCUAUAAAAUAAAUUUGUCGACCUUAUUCUACAGUAGAAGUGUCAAAAAGCUCUUCAACCUACUUUAAAUUAACAAAAUUAUCGCUUUGAGACGUACUAAAAAACCAUGUUCAACUACAAAAAGUGCCAUUAAAUAUUUAGACUUAAGUAGUUUGUUUUUAAUUACUCGUCAAUAAACUGCUUUGUAAUUUUAAGCUUGUUAAAGUAAACGAAAAUUGUACAUUACCUUUUGUUGUAAAUUUGCUCUCCCCAGAAAUCAAUAAACUUUUUCUAUUAUUAUAUUAAAGAUCAAAAUUUAAAUUUAAAAUAAAAAAACAGUGCUGCAAGCCGAUGAAAAUCAGCGGAUUUAGUCAUAAUUAUCGCACUGUGAUUAUCGAUACAUCGCAUAGAAUUAUUGAACGAAAUAAAUUGUUAAGUGCUUUGUCAUCGAUAAGUCUGUGUUUCGAUCAUUUUUCAUAUGAAAAGGGGGCAGGCUAGUGUCAAUUUUGGAGUCUCAAUUAAA